AUGGCAGGCUCCGCUGCUGGUCAGCCAAAUCGGCCUGACGAGCCUCAGUGCUACAACUGCGGCGCCUUGGGGCACUGGGCUAUCGCCUGCCCUGAGCCAACGAGGGCCACACCAGCCGGCUUUGAGACGUGGAGAAAUACGUCAUCUCACGCUGGUCAUCAAGGCCACCAUGCCAAGGAUCAUCGAGGUCAUAAGAAGUCCAAGGGUCCCGUCAUUACCAGAUAUGCCCCUCCGGCCCCGGAGUCGGCAUACUCACCGCAGCCUGCUUACUAUCACGGCCCAAGUCCUUACCCACCGCCACCGCCUGGUGUUCAGAAGGACGCGAAAAGACCGGAGUCAAGGGCAGCUAGCGAGAUUGGAGGUGCAGUCUCAGCAGCUUCCCCAGACCGACGAUCGCAGCUGGGGGCUGCGGGGAUUGAACCGGUGCCAACCCGCGUCCUGGGGAAGACAAAUCAGGAAUAUGGCCAGAAACUGGUCGGGAACCCCGGCCCGAGGCCCCAAAAAAGUGACCUAUCGCUUCCGGAAAAGCCGGGCAUCAAGCCCACCAAGCACGGCUCUAUAGAAUCCAUACCCAAGGGUACCGCGAAGCCGGAUCACAAACGGAAUAGCGUCGACCGAGACGGAGCAUUCCCCACAGUCCCCCAAUCUCCCUCGGCACAUCAACGCCGCGACGGUGCAGUCCAACAGCGAUCAAACUCGUAUUCUGUGGAAGAACUCGACGAUGGAGAGACACACCCCAUGUUUACUAGUGCCCGAACCUCAUUUUACUAUUGA